GGAAGCCAGCUUGUUGUUCCCAUGGACACGCGUUAACAUCUGUGGGUAAAAGUUUGACUUAUAGAGUGAACUCGACAUUGAAGAAGAUGGGGCUAUCGCUGACCAAGGCAGCUCAGUGGACCACUGCUGGCAAACUGGAGUUCACACCAAUGAAUGAGUCCCUAUUGAAAGAACUCCUGAGCUUUGUGGAGGACUUCAGCUCCCGUCACCCACAGGAGGCGGAGCAUGUGUUCGAGGAGCCGCUCCGGUGGAGUACCACUUUAGGGGCAUCUGAUUUCAAAACAGACUAUUACAUCAGUGGCAUGGAUGUACAGUCUCAUGAGAAAGACUCUGGAGGGCAACCACUGCUGCAGCUCUCCCCUCCUACUGUUUGUGUCCGCAGCUUCAGCCAGCUCUCCAAACUAGUUCAUCUGGCAGCUGAUAAGAAGCUGGAGGAGCUUCGAGCAUGUCUGGAAGAAAAUAAAGACGCCAUGGUUAAAAUCCUUGGUCCCUGCUUUGCUGACAUCUUGGAGAAAGAAGACACCCACACUGAUGUGCUGCAUCUGGUAGACAAAGACCAAGGAAAAGACCCAGAGUUCAAGAUCAACUUGUUUCAUUUGCUCCAAAAUAUGAACAAACAGCUCCUCAGCAAGCUACUUGAAGAAGUAGAAGUCGAGCUCAACCCCACUGCAUUAAAGAAUGACAUUGAGUCGCUGAAGCGGCUCUGCAGCGAAGGGGAGAAGAGGUUGUUGAAGUCGGUUCGAUACACAUCAGAUUUUGAAUUUUCAAAUGGCUGCCGGGCCCCUCUGUGGAGACAGGUGUCUGGUGAGAUUUGUUACCUUGUGGUUGAGCCGUGUGACACAGAGAACCUCUACAUCACCUGCAGCACUGCUGGAUUUUUUCUGAAUGGGGGCAUAAAACAGGAGGGGGCAGAGAGUGGCUACGAGCGAACAAGUGAUACAUACAAAGACCUGCUAACACUUCUGAAGAGCCGAUCUCCAUAUUUUGCUGAGCACGUAAACAAGCAGGCCUCUGCAGUUCAAGAACUUCCAUCAACACAGAGCGUCCACGGGCAUGUGGAAUCGGUCGAUAUGGAAGAACAAGGCGAACUCCGAAGGUCUUACGAGCAACAGGAAAAGAAUGUGCAAGACAAGUCGAGAAAACAGCAUCUGCUGAACAAGAAGAAAUAUGAGCCAUGUCCGAGAUGGAAGAAUCUUGGUCUCAUGUCUCCGUGUGGAAAAGCCGAGGAAAGGAAAUCAAGGAACAGCUCUGGAAUGGAGAUGUCGAGUGAAAUACGGAAGAAAAAGCAGGGAUCAGGAGCCAAGAGCAAGAUGAAAGCAGAAUUUUCCUUGUCCUCGUUACCUGGACGCUUGUCCUCCUCUCAGAAAAUUAAGACCCCAGCUAGAGCCAUGGAGAGUUCCAGUGAGAGUUCAUCUCAGAGUGAGGAGGAAGAAGAGCAGUCAGAGCGCCGUCUGGAGAGUAACACUGACCUGCCCCCUGAGUACUGGCAGAUCCAGAAACUGGUCAAGUACCUGAAGGGAGGCGACCAGACAGCCACUGUGCUCACUCUCUGCGCCAUGUUGGACUUUAAUUUGAUGCAGGAGACGUGCCAACUGGCCAUCCGGGAUGUAGGUGGCCUUGAAGUCCUCAUUAACUUGCUGGAUACAGAUGAAGUCAAAUGCAAAAUUGGAUCUCUGAAAAUCCUGAGAAAGAUUAGUCACAACGUGCAAAUCCGUCAGACCAUUGUUGACAUGGGAGGUCUGCAGAGCAUCGUUAAGAUUCUGGACUCACCUGUCAAGGACCUCAAGGCUUUAGCUGCAGAGACUAUUGCCAGUGUGGCUCGGUUCCGCAGAGCAAGGAGAACCGUCAGGCUUUAUGGUGGUAUCAAAAAACUGGUAAACCUGCUACACUGUGUUACCAAUUUAGCAAGCUUGACUGCAAACCAGCAGAAGGACGUGGAGGUGGCUCGCUGUGGAGCUUUAGCACUCUGGAGCUGCAGCAAAUGUACAAAGAAUAAGGAAGCCAUCCGUAAGGCCGGCGGCAUUCCGCUGCUGGGACGAUUGCUCAAGUCACCGCAUGAGAACAUGCUUGUCCCUGUUGUGGGCACCCUGCAGGAGUGUGCCUCACAGGAGAGCUACAGGAUUGCCAUUCAGACUGAGGGCAUGGUCAAGGAUUUGGUCAAAAACCUUAACAGUGACAAUGAGGAGCUACAAAUGCAUUGUGCAAAUGCAAUCUUCAAGUGUGCAGAAGACGAGCAGACACGAGACCUGGUGCGCAAAUACAAAGGUCUGCAGCCACUGGUUUCUUUGCUCGCCAAGGUGAACAACAAACAGCUACUAGCCGCUGCCACCGGGGCCAUCUGGAAGUGUUCCAUCAGCGUGGACAAUGUGGCUGAGUUUCAGGAGUACAAAGUCCUGGAGUCCCUGGUUGAGCUGCUGACUGAUCAGCCUGAAGAUGUGCUGGUAAAUGUCGUGGGAGCGCUGGGAGAAUUCGCCCAGAUACCUGCAAGCAAGACUAUCAUCCGCCAGUGUGGAGGCAUCAAGCCACUAGUUAACCUGCUCAGUGGAACAAACCCGGAGCUGCUUGUGAAUGUAACAAAGACAGUGGGGGCCUGUGCCACAGACCAGGACAACAUGGCAAUCAUCGACCAGCUCGACGGAGUCCGAUUGGUGUGGUCCUUAUUGAAAAACCCCAGUGCAGAUGUUCAGUCCAGUGCCGCAUGGGCCCUUUGUCCAUGCAUUGAGAAUGCAAAGGAUGCGGGGGAAAUGGUGCGCUCCCUCGUUGGUGGGUUGGAGCUGAUUGUUAAUUUGCUUAAGUCAACAAACGAUGAGGUGCUGGCGAGCGUUUGCGCUGCCAUUGCCAAAAUAGCCAAAGACAAGGAGAAUCUGGCAGUCCUUACUGAUCACGGGGUCGUGCCAUUGUUGGCCAAGUUGACGAACACAACAGAUGACAAGCUCCGUCAACACCUUGCUGAGGCCAUCGGCCACUGCUGCAUGUGGGGCAGCAACAGGGCGUCCUUUGGUGAAGCCGGAGCUGUGGCCCCCCUGGUGCGCUACCUCAAGUCUAAAGAUGCCACAGUCCACCAAAGCACAGCUAUGGCCUUGUAUCAGCUAUCCAAGGACCCUAGUAAUUGCAUCACAAUGCAUGAGAAAGGAGUGGUCAAGCCCCUCAUCCACAUCAUGGGCUCUAAUGACAAGACGCUCCAGGAAGCUGCUGCUGGCUGUGUACGCAACAUCCGACUCCUGGCUGUGGCGAAUAGGAAGGCCAUAUUAUUUUAUUGACCUUCACUUAUUCCAACAUAUUGAAAUCCAAUCGGGACUGUACACAAAUGACUGUGGUGGAAAGACGAGGUGAGCUUUAUGUUUGACUUUUUAAAAUAAAGAGACCAUCCCCCA